CCUUCUCAUUCGGUCUGUCUCUCCGUCUCCCACUCUCUCUAGUGCCACUGUGCUUCACUGUGCUAUUUUAGUUGACGUAAAGAUGUGGUACAACAUGUCCUAAAUGCUGCCAGAGUGAAAGGUUAAGUGCCAACUAUGCAGCAAUUCAGUUGGGAUAAAAGCAUCUGCCAAUUUCUUUAAUGUAUUAUUUAUGUCAAAACUGAAUAAACUUGCUCGCUUUAGACCCCAAUUUCUUUUUUUUUCUUUUUUUUUAAGAUGUCACUUGACCUGCUCAUGACCCUCAUUUUCCAAUGUUCUCUGUACUUACAUUGUAUACUGAAGGUUUUCCACAAGAUCGUUACAAGCGGCCAUCAGCGUCUGCAGCCUCUGUUUGACUGCCUCCUCACCAUCAUAGUCAAUGUGUCCCCUUACCUGAAGAGUCUGUGCAUGGUGGCUGCCAACAAACUCCUCCACCUUCUGGAGGCUUUCUCCGGGAGCUGGUUCCUGUACUCCUCCACCCAAAACCACCACCUGGUGUUCUUCCUCCUGGAGGUCUUCAACAACAUCAUCCAGUACCAGUUUGAUGGUAACUGUAACCUGGUCUAUGCCAUCAUCCGUAAGCGUAACGUGUUCCACCAGCUGGCCAACCUGCCCUCGGACUAUGUCUCCAUCCAGAAGGCCCUGCAGAGGAAGAAGAGGACCCCCGCCGGCCUCUCCCAUGCCUGCUCCAUGGAGUCCAUCCCCAUGGAGGGCUCUUGUCCCGCCGUCCCCGCCGAGCCAGGAACACUUAAGACCAGCCUCGCUGCCUAUCCAGGCAUUGAGAAGCUGACGGAGAAGGCCCAGGUGUCAGAGGACGGCACCAUGGUGGCCCUGCAGAAGAGACACUCGUCUCAGGAGAGACACUCGUCUCAGCCGCAGGCCGACCAGAGCGCAGCCGCCGGAGCGAGCGACACCGAGUCCCACUCCGGGAGGGACAGUGAGGAUGUUUUCUACAGCAGACCUGAAGCGUCUAGGAGGCGCAUGUCCAGCACAUCGUCAUCUGUGUACUGGGUUCCCACACCUGAAUGGGUCCUCUCCUGGAAGAGUAAACUCCCUCUACAGACCAUCAUGAGACUCCUGCAGGUGCUGGUUCCGCAGGUGGAGAAGAUCUGCAUCGACAAGGGCUUGACAGAUGAGUCUGAGAUCCUGAAGUUCCUGCAGCAUGGCACCCUGGUGGGCCUGCUGCCCGUGCCCCACCCCAUCCUAAUCCGCAAGUACCAGGCCAACAUGGGCACUGCCAUGUGGUUCCGCACGUACAUGUGGGGUCUAGUGUACCUCCGUAACGUGGACCCCCCAAUCUGGUAUGACACCGAUGUGAGACUCUUUGAGAUCCAGAGAGUCUAAGGGAAGUGUGCCAAUGACAGCGAGAAGCAGUGGAGAAAAACUACAGGGACACUUCCUGUUUGGAAACUCUCAGCCAAUGACCUCCUGCCCAUUCACUUGAGCUGCCCAAUCAGUGAAAGAGGAAUAUGAGGGAAGAGAGAGAACUGUCGCCAUGCCAAAAGGCCCAGGAGGCCAUUUUGUUUCAAGAUGCCUGAUUGACCUUUAUGAAUUCUGCAACCAUGAGCUUGCCCCGGAGGCAUGACUAAAGUGCUUAAUGCACUUCCAAUGACUCAUCCAGCGAGCCACCUUCAGUUUACACCACCUCUGAUUAAUCCCCCCCCACAUACAUAUCUGCAUAUGUGAAUAUGAGACCACAAUAUACUGGAAGUUUUACACAUAUUCUGUCAUACGGUGCACUGUGUG